ACGGGGGACAGACUGUGUGACAGGGAGGACGGCAGUCAGGGGGAGGCCGCCCAGUCACGCCCCAAGCGGCUGUAUGUCAGGUUGUCAGGGUAACACCAGCUGAGUUGAAGGUAGGUCAGAGGUUAAGGUCAGAAAACACUGAUCACGUGUUGCUGAGGCAGAAUGACGCAAAACCACAUCCGACUCUUGCAGAUAACCAGCCUGCUAACCACGGUCAUCACCACGACAACUACACCACGACCUCCAGCAGUCAGUUGCGGAAGGCCGCCGCUGGGGAUGAGGAUCGUGGCAGGAGUGAACGCCCUUGCCUGCGAGUUCCCGUGGGCCGUGGUGGUGCGCGUGGGCUCCAGUCUGUGUGGGGGGAGCAUCCUGGACGCCGACACCGUCAUCACGGCCGGCCACUGCGUCUCCAGCGCCGUGGCCUCCCCCUCCACCAUCAGAGUGUCGUACGGCUCGUCCAGCCAGCAGCUCAUGCGCAGCGUCAGCGUCACUCGAGUGACGGUCCACCCCAAGUUCGUCUUGGCCAAUACAGGUAUGACACGUUACUCUGUACUGCGUGCAGUUAACGCCCCCUACGAGCAGAACGACCUACAGAAGGUGUCGCUGCCCAUCGUGCCGCUGUCGCAGUGUCUGGCGGCCUACGGUUCCAACAUGCUCGUGUCCGACAUCAACAUCUGCGCCGGCGACGUCAAAGUGGGCGGCAUCGACGCGUGUCUGGGCGACUCUGGCGGACCUUUGAUGUGCUACCAAAAUGGCGCCUACUUCCUGUACGGCACAGUGUCGUUCGGGAAAGGCUGCGCUGAACCCGGGUUCCCAGGCGUCUACGCCAACAUCGCCAACCCAGAGAUCAACGCCUGGAUACGCAGCAACCUGUAGGCCUGACGUCAGAGAGGUGGAUGUGACGGAACCGUGACGUCAACACUCAGUCGGUUACAGCAGACGCCAUGUUGGAGCUGUCACGUGGUGUCAGCCUACCCGCCGACCGUGACGAGUCGUUGACCGUUCCGAGGUCGGAGAUGGGGGCUGAUGGCAGCUUUUCAUAACCAAGUCCGACCUUUGAACUCCGGUGACUUUUGAGUCUAUAUUUAGCACUUUCUUGUUCGCGACCUUUGCGCUUGAUGAUAGUUAGAUGGCUGAGUGAGUGAAGGAAACACAACUGUUGAGGUGAACGUCCAGCACACCUUUGGCUUCAGACUAGCCGACAGGCCCCUGGUCCCCGACCCUUCUCCAAAACAUCCUAAACAACCAAAAACAACCAACCCAAUCCACCCCCACCACAAAAACAACCAAAAAUAAACACAAACAAACAAAAAAAUCAACC